UUUUCUCCAUCUAAUCCCGUGUUUUUUCAUGUUUUUGCUGUUUUAUUAUUAAUUUUAAAAUUUUAUUCUAUGUAUGUACCUAUACUUUCUUAAAUUAAAAUAAAAUUUUUAAACGUCCAGUAUAUUUAAAUAAUUUUUUUUUCUUGAAGUUUGUUUUUUUCAUUGAAUGUGAAGAGUACGAGUAAUUUGAACAACGUUCAGAAGUAUACCAAUUACCAAGUGCUGAAGUGCUAUAUCUAAUCCACCACAGACGGAUUUUUUCGUCUUAAUCAAAUUAGUUCACAAAACAAGAAGCACCGAUGCCGAUUUGCCCAUGAACUGAAAUAAAAUUAACAAUUUUUUUAAUAAUAUCGUACAAGUUAAUAGAAUAUGAAUAAUUUAUCAUACUCAAUAUUAACCAAAGAAAAGAUGAAGAUUGGAGAUGACGGAAUUAUACCAGGAAAUUGUUUUUGUACUGUAUGCAAUGUACAUAUGAAUAGAAUAAAAAGAUCUCAACCACUUGAUAGCCAUCAACAAUAUAAUGCAUUUUCAUUAGAUGGGAUUAAAGAACAGUUAUAUCCUAUAGAUCGUUUACAAGCCUUACAUACCAACUCACAUAAAAAAGUGGACCACAGUAAGGAAACACUGUUAAAAUUAAAUCCCUAUCUAAUUUUGGAUACUGAUCCUACAUUGGACAAUUUAAACUACUCAAAUGGAUUAUCUAGAUCUUCUCAUUCAUUAGGAACUGUACCAGAAAAUUGUUUUUGCGCUACAUCCAAUAUACAUAUGAAUAGAAUAAAAAGAUCUCAACCACUCGAUACCCAUCAACAAUAUAGUGUAUUGUCGUCAAAUGAGAUUAAAGAACAAUUAUGUCCUAUAGAUCAUUUAAAAAGUAUACAUAAAAAGAUGGAUCAUAAUAAAGAGAGACUGCUAGAAUUAAGUCCCUAUCCAAUUUUAGAUACUGAUCCUACAUUAGAAAAUUUAAACUACUCAAAUGAAAUAUCCAAAUCAUUUAAUUCAUUAAGAAACAAAAAUAAAGAUUAUACAACACAAUCUAUGUAUGAAAUAGAGCAGAAUGAUAGACGUAAUGAUGUUUUUCAAUAUUAUAAUAAUUUAAAGCAAUGGGAAGAAAAUGAGAACUGUACAAAUCAAGACGAGUUAAAAAAUAUUGAUCAAUUUAAUUAUACAUCGAUUAAAAAGAACAUAAACAUUAGGCAACCCCCUGUUUGUCGUCAGGGUAAGAUAAUACCAACGGUUUCUUCUAAGCCUCUUAUUUCUACAAAUUGUAUGCAAAAAAUAGAAUGCUCAUCUUUAACCAUAAAUAGUCAUUUGAAUAAUACAGAACCAAACAAUAAAGAUUUCAUGGACAUUCCAAUUCAGAAAACGCUUGUCAACCAUGUACCAAUAUCUACACGUAUGCCCGUAGAAUCAAAAGAAACAUUUGAAUCAAUGAAAAAUAUUAAAAAUAUUCCUAACAUGAAAGAAUUAUACAUGUAUAAUAAAGAAGACAAACAAAUUAUCAAACAAAUGAAUCCAAAACCAGAAUCAAUAAUUAAUAGUGAAAUCAAUGAAAUAAAAAAAUCAAAAUUAUCUGAUAAAAAUAGUAAAAUAUUAACUGCUAAAACUAGAAACAUAACUGAUAAUAUAAAUAACACAACUGUGUUUUCUAUUAAUUCAUUAAAGAAAAACGCGGACUUAAAAUUUGAAAAUGGUCAAAAAUGCUUAGAAUCUCCAAUAGUGCAAACACUUAACAAUAAGAGUAUAAUAGAACAAGAUUAUUUGACUGAUGAAUCAAAUAAAUUAGCUUUCGAUCAUUUGUUUUCUGGUACAGAAAAACAAAAUGAUAGUUUUGAAUAUCAUUCAGCCUUAAGACCUAGUUUAUUUUCUAAUAUGCCACCAUACAUAAGAUUUUCUUCAUACGAUACUAAAGGUGAAUCAUUCCCAUUAUCUUUACAAAAGUUAUUAAAGUGGAAAUUAAGUUCAAUAACUCCAAUUGUUGUACGUCGAACAGUUCAAAAUAGUGGUUUUAAACUUGUUAGAAGUGAGCAUAAUUUAAUUGAAAAUGCAACUGAUCUUCCUGUCACAGCUAAUCAAUCCAACAUAAAUGUAAUUUCCUUACAAAAUCACUGUGGUGUUACACCCCCUAUUGUUGAUGCUUUCUGUGGUAUAGCUCCUCCGCCUAAUGAAUUAAUGAUGUUACCUCGAACCCAAUCUAAUGAUUGGGUUGGAACUUGGGGUAAACAUAUGAAAUCAGUAUCUUUCAAAACACUUUGGCAACAGCAAAAAAUUAACCAUUUUCCGGGUACUUUUCAAAUUGGUCGUAAAGAUAGGUUGUGGAAAAACUUGAAUGAAUUAAUGUUAAAGUAUGAAGAACAGUUUGGCUUUAUACCCACAUCAUACAUAUUACCUCAAGAAGCUGAAAUGUUACGACAAAUUUGGGAAAAAAACGAUGAAGAUAAAUGGAUUAUUAAACCGCCAGCAUCUGCUAGAGGAACUGGAAUUUGCGUUAUAUCAAAAUGGGAUCAAAUACCAAAGGAUAUACCUUUAGUUGUACAAAGGUACAUAGAUAAUCCAUAUUUAAUCAAUGAUACUAAAUUUGAUUUAAGACUCUAUAUACUCAUCACUUCAAUCAAUCCACUUCGUCUUUAUCUGUAUGACAAUGGGCUGGUGCGAUUUGCUUCAGUUAAGUAUUCAUCUGAUCUUACCACAAUAUGUGAUCGAUAUAUGCACUUGACAAACUACAGUAUAAAUAGACUUAGUAGUCAGUUUACUGAAAAUGAAGAUGCUGAUGCAUGUCAAGGUCAUAAAUGGACAUUGCGAUCAUUAUGGACAUAUAUGGAGAAAGAACGCAACAUUGACGUUAAAAAAUUGUGGGAGAGCUUAGAAGAUCUGGUUGUGAAAACUGUCAUUAGUGGUGAAUCACCUAUGAGUAAAAUGUGUCGUUCAAAUUUAAGCAACAGAUAUAACGCAUAUGAGUUAUUUGGAAUAGACGUUUUGUUCGAUGAAUAUCUUAAACCUUGGAUAUUAGAGGUCAAUAUAUCUCCUUCAUUACAUUCAUCUUCUCCGCUUGAUUUGGCUGUCAAAGGACCAUUAGUCAGAGAUAUAAUGAAUAUGGUUGGUUAUCGUAUUCCAAAUAAAAUGUCUUAUACUACACACAAUAUUUUACUCAAAACUUUGGGAGUCAAAUCACCACUAUGUUAUGAUAAGAGAUUAUAUACAUUAAAUUUAUCUGCGAAAGAAAAAGAAAAACAAGAAUACUAUACAAAUGUUGAAUCCAGAGUAGAAUAUAUUGAUAGUAUAUUAGAUGAUUUAUUACCAGAUGAUAUUCGGCAUCUUAUUUUAUAUGAAGAUGAACUUACACAAAGUGGCUCAUUUCAAAAAGUAUUUCCAACUACUUCAACUUUUAAAUAUCAUAAAUACUUUGAAGGCUCUAGAUAUUAUAAUAUGCUUUUUGAUGCGUGGGAAUGUAAAUAUAGUAACAACAGAAAAGACGGUAUUGCUGUGCUAGAAAAGUUAUGUAAGUUAAAAAAUCAUCUGGAAGUGCCAGACAUUGAUAUAGAACAAUCAAAAGUAACAUAUUCAAUUAUCAAGAUAUAAAAAUCAAUAUUCAAUCACGUGGAUUGGUCUUGCGUCGAUGGAUUAGUUCAUAUGUCACUUGUCGCGAUGGCGGUUGUAAGUAAUCCAUAAAGUCAUAAAUGGUUCCAC